CUAACGGUGGCACCGGAAAUGCGCGUCCUCUCUUAUUGUAGAGACCGCCUCAUUCGGAAGCCAGCUGAACCAAUUUUUGGCACGAGCGAGCCUUAUAACACGAAACGAAGCAUGUCGAGCUGCUUCAAUCUUGCGCUAUGUGUGCUUGCAGCGGUGUGUCUUCCGUGGUCCGCAACGGCCCAUUUCAACUGCGGAACACGAGAUCCUUCUCCUUUUGAGCAGCGCUUGGAUCAAGUCCGCAUCAACCAUUUCAAACAGUCCACGGAAGGCCGGCGAUUGAUUACAGAUUCUUGCGAAGAACUUUGCGUCCAGUGCGUGGAAAUUGACGUAUAUUUCCAUUUGAGCGCCGUUCCUGCUCCAUCGGCCGAUGAUAGUGAUCGGUUCUUUUUCCCGCAUCCCCUCGAAUCGGUUGAUCGCUUUGCGGAAAGUGAUACGACACUGACUAUCGAAGACUUUGCCUCAUUGCAAGGUAUUUACAGCCUGAUUGAUGACAAUAUGCGGGUUCUCAACGAGCGGUACGCGGAGUCUCCAUUCACAUUCACUUGGAGAAACUCUGAUCCUGCGAGUGCCAGUGUUUCCGUCAAUACGGAUUUGGUGGACUUUGUCGUCGACACCAUGUUUGACGAGAAUGGAGUUGCGUCUGAACUGCAUACCGGGGAUGCCAGUGUACUGAAUGUCUACUUGACGUACAGACAAUGUGCUAUCUCAAACCAGCUCGACCCUGAUACCGGCGAGCCGCUGCUCUCGUGUGGCCUCCUCGGCAUUGCUGUUUUCCCAAGUUUUCAGCAAUCCAACCGAAACGCCGAUGGUGUGUACGUUAACUACAGCACGCUUACCGGUGGAGGCUUUCCAAACAACGACGCUGGGUUGACACUUGUUCAUGAAGUUGGGCACUGGCUUGGACUGUAUCACACGUUUCAGAAUAGUGCUGCCCAGGAGGGAACCGACCCGUGCUCACCGCAGAACGGGAACGACUUCGUCGCCGACACACCUACACAGUUGGCAUCGUCCCAGGACCUAUACAACUGCUCAUUGAGCUUUUAUGAGGGUGAAGAGAUCCCGGACUCGUGCCCCAACUUGGCUGGAAGCGACCCUGUGUUCAACUACAUGAACUAUGUCUCGAACGAAGAGUGCUGGCCCCCUGGUGUUGGGGAGUUCACGUGUGGACAGUACGAGCGCAUGUACAUGCAGUGGCUACUGUACCGCAGAUCCGACGAGCCUUGUCAAGACAACGAAAUGGAGAUUGAGAUUUCGAUGGAGAUCAACCGAAGGUUUACUAGUGAAAACGCAUUCUACCUGACCUACGUGGAUACGGGCGAAGUGUUGCUGAACUCGACUCGUGAUUUUGAGGCCCUUGGACCUCCUUUCCAGACCGAAGUGUUGUCCGAUUUCUGUGCUCCCGUGGGACAAUACUCGUUCGUGCUUGUGGAUGCCGCUCGGGACGGAUUUUUGGACGGCGGUUUUCUCGAAGUGUCCGUGAACGGGGAGUUGGUCGGAAGUGUAUCGGGCAACUUUGGAGAGUCGGCCACGAUUGACUUUGGCACACCAGAUGGAGAUAGCGGUGCCAAUUUUGUUGGGGGCUCCAACAGUGAUGCUAGGCGUCGUUGUUCGACUCCUGCGAUCGUUUUCUUCUGCGGGAUAAUAUACUUAUCGCGAGCUUUCCUAAACAUUCAGCAGCGUACAGCUAGCGGAAAAAAUAGCCUAAGUUCAGAGAGUCAUGUGUUGUCCGAUUUCUGUGCUCCCGUGGGACAAUACUCGUUCGUGCUUGUGGAUGCCGCUCGGGACGGAUUUUUGGACGGCGGUUUUCUCGAAGUGUCCGUGAACGGGGAGUUGGUCGGAAGUGUAUCGGGCAACUUUGGAGAGUCGGCCACGAUUGACUUUGGCAGUUCUGCGGGAGGUCCGGGCCCCGUCGGCUUCCCAAGCAGCAUAACGAACAGCCCGGUGGAGGCAAAUGCGCCUGUGUCCAGCCCAGCGGACGGGGAUACCUUUGUUCCCACACCCGUCGGUAAUCCAUCUUUUGUCAGCAAAGCGGCGUACCGCGGUUGGGCUGCGGCUCUUGGUGUGGCCCUGGCGGGAACGGGCUGGACGGUUGAUUUGUGACACUAAAUCGAAACCGUAUCACUGUCUUGUUUCGUAUUUUGUGCAUGAGGCUGUUUUUAUUCGUCCGCCGAGACCGAGAGCCAGAGCAUAGCGUCGAUGGACACAACAAACAAACAUUGCGGUGGCGACGAAGUUUUUCAGUGUAAACUAUGUAAUCUUUGUAUGACUUGACAAUCUUUGCUUUGGAAAGCAUGAUGCCUGAUGUGUUCACAAGAGAGACUUCGACCAGGGCCCGUAUUCCCAAACCCGAGACUUUAUUUCGAAUAGGCGAUGUCUCGACGUAACGGCACCAUGGAGCAUUCUCGACAACUUUCGUACUCCUGUAGGAUCGUUCGACUGUUCCCAAGUUCGGGGUU